UUACUUUAUGUAAUGAUACUAAUGAAACAGUUGAACAAAAACAUAAAGAUAUCAUUCAAUGUGAUUUUGGUCAAUUUAUUAGAAGAAUUAAUUUUAUAAUUGAAUUCAAAGGAAAAUGUGAUAAUGAAAUUUCUGAAUGUACUACAGAAAUUAUUUUUCAUUAUG